UGAUCCCAGACGCUUCUUUCCAUCUUACUUACAAUGUAAGACACCCCCCUACCCAUCCGGGCCGUCUCACUCCCUUCCCCCCGCAAUAAACCCAUUUUCGUCAUAAUCUCCCAAGCGCACCGCUCAAAACGAAAAUCAAGCAAACAUUGUUUUGUUGAUCGUUGCAAUCCCGGGAUGCCGUCAGCCCGCUUACCGUCGGUGUUUACCCAACCAAACCAACUUGGGGGCGCACAACGACUUCGCGUCCGACCAUCUGCCCCGCCCCCGGGCUCUUCAUCCCCCCUGCCUUCUUCUUCUCGCCUCUACCCUAUCUCCGCUUUCGUGGGGGAGGGAAGGAAUUGUAAUUCUCCCCCGCACCGAAAAAUUCGUGAUUCUUCCACCCUUGGCUUCGGGUUAGCCCAUCGAGGGUUCGGACGCGUUAGAUACAGAAGCCGCAGUGUUUUCUCCAUACAAGAAAACAUUAUAUGCCGCGGGAGAAUCCCUCCCUUUUCGGUAGUCUCUCUCAUUGGCUCAGUCUCUUUCCCAUCUCUCAUUGGCCAACUCAUCCCCAUCACCUCAUUGGCUCGUCCUUCACCCCCCUCCUCGUCCUAUUCGCACCUACCAUUUGUAUUUCCUCCCCCGUUCCAGACCUUACGACUCGUUCUAUCCCCAAGAGGCCAUGGGGUAAAUCUUCUUCCCUGCUCUCCAUAUCCUGCGGAGGUCAGCCCACCACAAGCAGUCGGUUCCGUUACAGCCGUCGGCCUCGUUCCACCCACCCCCCACACCCUCUCUUCCUUCCCGCGCCAAAAAGCUAAAAACGGGGUGUUACAUCUCUCCUUCCCUGCUUGUCUCCUUACGUCCAAAGUUUCCCACCUCACUCACAUCACCCCCCAUUUCCUUCUCGCAAAAACCCAUCUCCCGGGUCGUAUAUCAUUACCUACCUCCCUGGCCUCAACAUUCGAGCGGUCUCGAUCCUUCAUUUCCCACCCACCCCAACCCCACCCUUGGGGGAGCACGACAGUCCAUUUCGUUUUCCCACUCCGAUGCGCCACGCACCCCCCCGCCCCCCCUCGUUUUCGUUUCGUCAUACCUCCCUGCGCCUCGAACCCCGCUCCGCCACUGGUUUCUCUCGCCACGAGGGAUAGACCGUUUAUCCGCAUGAGAACAUUCUUGGCGACAGUACCGAUUAUCCGCAUGGUAGACGAGAGGCUCUUCGCGUCAGGCCAAACCAACGAAGCGUCGAGGGUUGAGGCCUUCAGCGGCCGGAAGAUCGGGGGUUUCAGUGUUCGGGGAUGGAGGAAGGUUAACGACUUCUCCCCUAAUCCCCUUCACCACCCGGACCACACCCCAAAUUCAAAAUCGCCCCCCCUCACCCCGAUGCGACAUUUAUCCGCUCCUCGUCAAACGCCACACGCCGAUCCCUCGAUAAAAAUAAAUCCAUGUUUAUUGCCUCCGGCCUCGGGGAACAUUCGCUGUGGAAUAUGA